UCACAACCCAGUCAUCGUCCACAACUCAUCUCCGCUGCUAUCUGAGGGGUGAGAGUUGAGAAUUUAGACCCGAAAGAGAUAUUGGAGAGAGAGAAAAUGGGCGGAGGAGGAGAUCACGGUCAUCACGCAGAUGCGGCUCACGGCGGCGAUUUCAGGACCAAAGUAUGGAGCAUGACUGGUGGCCCUUAUUGUAGGCCCAAGCACUGGAAGCGCAACACCGCUAUUGCCAUGUUUGGUAUCUUUCUCACCUGCAUCCCCAUCGCUAUGGUAUCCGCAAAGCUCGAGCAACGGCCACACCAUCCAGUUCGUCCCAUACCAUCUCAGCUCUGGUGCAAAAAUUUUGGGAAAAAAGAUUAUAAUUGAUGCAAGAAAUACAGUCUUUCUGCAGUUCUUCUUCAAGAAAGAUUAAUGCACCGAGAAUGGAUUAGGGAUAUUGAACUGUCAGUUUUAUGAUUUUUCUGGAUUUCGUUUUAAGAGUGCAUAUCAUAAUAGGACCCUGUCAUCUUAUGGUCUAAGGGACCUUAAUAAGCUAAUGUCUGUUUGUUUUUACCAGAUAAUAUCCGCGUUAUGUGUUAAAUAAUACAUGCACCCAUUUGUUGGGAUAAAUACUCUUAAGCAUGUGUGUUUAUGGAUUUUGCAUGCUUCUAUAAGUGAAUAUAGCAUUCGUGGUUUCAGAUGA